AGGACGGAGGGGCCAUGCCUGGGGAGCAGCCCCUCGGAGCGCCACCCCCAACCAUGACCGGAGACCUGCAGCCCUGCCCAGCGGCCAGUGGCACGGGGGGCCCCCUGCAACCUCCCAGUGAGGUCAGUGCCCCAGCCAACAGGACCAGCAAGGCCACGGGCAGCGGGGCCCAAGCCAUGGACAGCCCCGAGACCCAGCUGCGGCAGGCUGGGAAGGUGGGGCCCAAGGCCCCGCUCCCCAGAGCCCAGUCCCUGAGCAGAGCCCCUGGGAAGGGAAGCAGCCCCCAGGCCCCAGCAGGGAGGAGCCUGGUGCAGGCUCGCGCACGGCGGGCGAGCAGGCUGGACAGCAGCCCGCGGCAGCUCUACGGUCUGAGCAUCGCCAGCUCAAGGCCCAAACCCGCCCUGGACGAGAAGACCCCUGAGGGCCCGCAGCAGGAGGCCCCCCGGCCCCCAGAGGCCGAGGCCCCCCGGGGCCAAGGAACCAGAGCCCGGCUCAGGCCCGGCCCCCCCAGGGCUGAGGCCUCGCCUGGCCCGGAAGAGCUCAGCUUCCAAAAGUGCUUCCAGGAGACCCCCUCCAGCUUUACCUCCACCAACUAUACCUCACCGAGCGCCACCCCUGGGCCCCCGCCCCUCAGGGCCCCCCAGAGCAGCGGCGCCAGCCCCUGCCGGCCGGCCUCCUACGUGGAAUUCCAGGCCAGCGGGGCGGACGCCUGGCCUCCCACGGCUGAGAACAGCUUCCCAGGUGCUAGUUUCGGGGUGCCGCCCGCUGAGCCGGAGCCCUUUCCCGAAGGCGGCAGCCCCGGGGUGGUUGCCUUCCAGUACCCCUUCCCAGAGCUGCACGGAGCCGGCCCGAAAGCCUUCCCCGAGGACGCAGCCGGGCCCGAGUACGCCGAGAGGGCGCUGGUGUUCGCCUUCCACCAGCCUCGGGGAGUGUGGCCCGAGGAGCCGGUGGGCACGGGCCCAGCCUACCCCCUGCCCGCCCGCUCGGGCCCCCCAGCCCCGCCCUGCUACCCCAGCCGCCCGGGUGGCCCCAACGCCCCCAGCGACCUUGGCGGUGCGCUCCCUCCCCCUGGUGCUGCUUGCCCGGCCCCCAGCCCCUUCUCGGAGAGCACGGCCGCCUUCCGGGACGGUUUGCACGAGAGCAUGACCAAAGUGCUCCCUGAGACUCCGCCUUCGGCCCACGAUGGGCUGGGGAGCCCCAGGGGGCCCCCGAACUCGCUGGCCCAGAGGCAGUUUCCCGGGCAGGCGUACGGAAGCCCCGGAGCCGGCGGGGUGAGCGCCAGCCCAGCGCCCCGGGACACGGAGCUGACUGCCUCGGGGCCCCCCGCCGCCAGACUGCCCCCGCUCUGGGACCCCGCCCCAGCCCCUUACCCCACGCCUCCCCUGGGCCCCCUGGCCACCACCAGGAGCGCAUUCUUCGAAGCCCAGCCCGGCCCAGGCCAGCAGCUCAGCCUCGCCCAGAGCCCCCCGCUGCCCUGGCCCCAGGUGCUCCCGGCCGCCGGCCCCGGCCCCCACCAGAUGGAGAUGUUGAACCAGCUGCCUUUCCCCCCGGACGUCCCCGAGUGGCAGGGGGGCAGCCAGGGCGCCCUGGCCGCUGCCGCAGGCAAGACGCCCGGGCCGGGCGAGAAGCUGACGGUCCUGAGAAACAGCCCGGGCCAGCGCAGCGGUGGCUCCCCCGGGCUGUUCGCCUACAACGGGCUGAAGGACCCUGGAGCCCAGCCCCCGUUCUUCGGGGCGGCCCCGCCCCAGGCCUCCCCCCGGGGCCCCCCCGGCCCGCCCCCGCCCCGGGUGGUGGGGGCCUCCCCCAGCGAGUCGCCCCUGCCCUCGCCGGCCACCCACACAGCCAGCAGCAGCUGUUCGUCGCUGUCCCCUCUGUCCAGCAGCCCAGCCAACCCCAGCUCGGACGAGGGCCAGCUGCCCGGGCUGCCCGGGCCCUCCGCCUUCUUCCACCCGCCCGCUCACCCCCAGGAGACUGGCAGCCCCUUCCCGUCCCCCGAGCCCUCGCACGCCCUCCCCCUCCACUACCAGCCGGAGCCCGUCAAGGCCUUCCCUUUCCCCACGGAGGGGCUGGAGGAGACCCCGUUCCCCAGCCCGGGGCUCCAGGUGGGCGGCGUGGGCCUGGAGGGCUUCCCCCAGGAGCCGCCCCCCUACCCCGCCCACCACUUCCCCCUCAGCAGCGCCAGCCUGGACCAGCUGGACGUGCUGCUCACCUGUAGGCAGUGUGACCGGAACUACAGCAGCCUGGCCGCCUUCCUGGGGCACCGGCAGUUCUGCAGCCUGCUGCCGGCCAGGGCCAAGGAUGGCCACCAGCAGCCCCCCGGGUUCCCCACGCCCCCUGUCACCCCCUCCGCGCCGGCCGCCCCCAAAGCCCCGGCCAGCGGGACGCCGAGCCCACUCGGCCACCCCAGGACCGCGCCCUUCCUGCUGGGCGGGGACGUGCGGCCCGAUGGCAGAGACGACCCCCUGAGGAUGAGCUUCCUGCCCAGCCCGGCCGCCGCCCCCUUCCCGCUGCCGGCAGGGGACCUGGACCUGGAGGACGCCGCCAAGCUGGACAGCCUCAUCACGGAGGCACUCAACGGCCUGGAGUACCAGUCAGACAACCCUGAGAUCGACAGCAGCUUCAUCGACGUCUUCACCGACGAGGAGCCUUCCGGCCCCAGGGGCCCCGCCACCGGACAGCCCCCCAAGACCAGGCCGGGGGCAACGCCAGAGAACAAAGCCCAGCUCCCGCUCCCGGCGGUGGCUGCCCCGCCGGAGCCCCAGCCGCCCCGGCCCGGCGACAGGGGCCACCCGGCCGGCCCCGGGCCCAAAACCCGCUCCCUGGGCCCAGUGCCCUCCGAGGCAGAGGGGGCCGCCCUGGCCGGCCAGCAGAGAAGAGGAAAGCGGUUUAAGUUGUUCCGGAAAGAGCUGGACACGGUCAGCACCGCCAAGAGGCCGGGCAGGGGCUCCAGGGCCAGCCGCCUGAGGCCGAGGAGGAAAGGCCGGGCUGAGCCGGCCCCGUCCCGCCCGCGGGACCUCAGAACCCAGGCCCCCAGGAGCCACGCAGACCCCGGGGCACGGGCCCUCCUGGUGGAGACCCGGAGCUCCAGGCGCCUCCGACUGUCCCCCGGCCAGGACUGCAGGCGGAGGCGGCCGCGGGGCGGCACCUGGAGCAAGGAGCUCAUCCACAAGAUCGUGCAGCAGAAGAACCGGGCGGGCGGGCGCGGCGCGGCGCCCGGCGCCGUGGGCGGCGGCCCCCAGGGCUGCGGCGGCGCCUCCGAGUCUGAGGAGGAGGAUGGCCCGCGGCUGCGAGGCUCACGCCUCAGAGGCCGGCCCCGCCCCAGCGGCCGGCGGUGGCGCCGGGGCGAGAAGAGGAAGGAAGUGGACGUGGCCCCGGGUCCCAGAGGGGGCGGGCGGCAGAAGCCCAGGGAGGCCGCGAGGCGGGAGGCCGCGAGACCCGGGGGCUCCCCACGCCCAGAGGAGCCGGGCAGGCCGUGGCCGGGUCCCAUCAAGAGUCCCGAGGCCCAGGGCCCGUCGCCCGGCCCAGAGGCUGGGGUGCGCCCUGAGGAGAGAGGCCCCCAGCGCCUCCCGCGGGGUCUCAGGGGCGCCGAGACCCCAGAGGAAAGCCGUCCCCCUCUGGACUUCCCCCAAGACACCGAGAGCCCUGAAGUUGCGGAAGACCUUCCCCCCGAGGCCACAGAACUUCACGGAGAGGCCCUGAGCGCGUCUCCAGCCGCCUGGGGGGGAGGAGGCCCCUGCCCCCCAACCCCAGAGCGACCACAGCUCCGCAAGGAGGACGCGGUGGCGCCGCGCGCGAGCUCGCCCGCGCUGGGUGCCCCCCGCUGCUCGGAGCCGGCCGUCUCCGAGGACGGAGGGGAGCCCCCCGCCUCCCCGCCGGGAGCAUCGCCGGCGCCCGUCGCUAACGCGGCCGACACGGCCCGCCCCGGACCCAGGACCCUCUUUUUGAAGACCCCUGGUCUUGGAGACUCCGUGGGGCUUCCAGGCGCCACAAAGGGGCCUCAGCCCCACAGCAGCCCUCCCAGCGGAUUGUUCCCCGGACCCAAAGAGCUGGCUGGCUGUUUCCACGAAGACCUGGGCCCCCAGUCCGCAGCCCCAGACCGCCCGCCGGCCGUCAGGGCAGGCCUCUGCCAGGAUGGCGAGGGUGCCAGUUCCCAAGAGCCCAGGCCGCCCAGGAACCCACCCUCCACAGUGGUCACGGGCCCAGGCAAGGCUGAAUCGCCGCCGGCCCUGGAGCGCACGGCCCUCUUCUCGGGGCUGCCUGGGGACGGCUUCGAGCCGCCAGUCUAUGGCAGCCUCUCUGGGAACGGGGACACCCACGUGCCGCGUGCGUGUGCCGCCCCUCCCCCGAGGAAACCUCAGCUAGACCCGCCGUACCCCUCGUUUCUGCCCAAGAAGGGCUGGUCCCUGCUGGAGGAAGUGUCCCCCGUGCCGCCUGGCCAUCUAGGCCCUUUUCCCGGCCUCUCAGGGGAAAAGGCAUUCAGUCAGAGGUGCCCCAGUGAAGGGACGGUGGCCACCAGCCUCCCCGCUUUGCCCGGCAAGGUAAUCGAGUGUAGCACCGCUUGUAGCGGUGAGCUGUCAGAGGAGGAGCUCGAGAUCAAAAGGCUGGUCACGGAACUGGAGAGUCAGCUGCAAAGCAAAGGCGCACAGGAGGCCCCGGGAGAGCCGUGCAGAGCCAGCGUCACCGGCCCCGGGGAGCUGAGUCCCCACCCGGAGGGGGCAGAAACAACUGUGGCCACCACGGGGGGCGCUCUAGGGGGCCCCCAGGAGGAGUGGCCCUCGUUCCACCCUGGAGAAGCAUCCCUGGCCCCCGGCGCCCACAAGGACGUGGUUCCUGGGGGUCCUUUCAGGCCCACUGGGGCCAGCCUCAGUUUCCGGCCAGUGCAGAAAGCCGGGGUCUCCAAGCCGGGGCUCCCCAGGGCCGAAGGGGGCCUCGGGGCCCACCUGGAAGUCUGUUUACCGGACCCCCCGUGGGACACGGGGGACUUAGCGAAGUGCAGCCCCAGCCCUGAGCCUUCACUUCCUAAGGGCAACAGGGCCCCCAGAAUACAGCACAGCCAAGACCUCCCGCUGCUUUUUCCGUGCCCACGGAGAGGGGGGCUUUCCCCGGGGUCCCACAGGGCACCUGGGCCCUGCCGAGACCCCGCAGAGCUGGAAGCGUUUGGCAGCCCUGUUGCCCCUCUGGCACCUGGCUUGGCAUUUCGGGGGACCGAGCUUCUGCCCCUGGGUGCCACCCCACAUUCUGGUGCCAGUCACAACAGUGCCCCCAUGGGACACUCUGUGAGCAGCACAGGUGGGCCAGGAGGAGCAGGGCUCCUGCCCCCUGUAGCAGGGGGCCCUGGCCCUGAGGGUAAUGAGGAGUUUGUACCAGCGGGGGCCUCCCCAAGUCGUGCCUCCGUGCCCGACCCCAGCCCUGGCAGGAGGCCCCAGGACCCAGCCUCGAGCCCCCUUCAUCAGCUCCAGCUCCUGGUGGCCAGAGCGGCUGAGAGAGAGGAUGACACCCGGGGCUCACAGGGGCCCCCGCCUGAUGACACCCAGAGUCCUCAGCACAGCGACCCCUCAGAUCCGGGAGAGGAGAGUGUGGAAGGUGGGAAAAUGGCCUGCAGCCCUGCCCGGGGCUUCCCGGGGCGGGUGCGGAUGACAGCCGUCCCCGCUGUGGCCGGACGCCAGCUGGGGUCAGAGGGAGAUGGACAUCCGGGCUCCCACGGCCAGGCCGAGAAGCCCAAGGGCCAAGUCGGAGCCAGCCAACUGCAGCCAGAUGACCGGGGGAGGCCGGGGCGGCCGGACCAGCUAGCCGGGCAGCUCCAGAGAAGCAGGGCGGCCGUGGGCCUUUGGAACGGGGCACGGGCCACCCCAGGCCCCACCUACCGCGAGGCAGAAUCUUCAGUCCCAGCCUUGGCGGCAGCCGACGCACAAGAUGGGCCUGAAGGCCAGCCUCCAGAGGCCGUAGCUGGCCCAGGCCUUCAGAAGCACCUGCUGUUCGCUGGCGAGAGCCGAGCGCCCCCGACCAGGGACCUGGCCAGCCACACCCCCUCGCCCACUUCUGCAGCCACCCCCGAUCCCUGCGGCCCCAAGGAAGGCCCGGCUCGCCGCCCUCUCCGGGGGGACUGUGGCCCCCUGAAAGAGCCCCCCGGGGAGCCCAGCUCCGUCGGUGUCUUCACUCCCGCCCGUGGAGGGGACUGCCCUGGAGCUCGCAUGGCAAGAACCCUAGAGGGUUCCAGAAAAGAGAGACCGAGGGAAGCUCCUGCCUGUGUCACCCCUCCCCACCCAGCGAGGGCCACCUCCCCGAGAGUGACCGUCCAGGCCGCUGCCCUGUCCGGCGUCCCUACCACCGGUGGCCUGGAGGCAGUCAGAGGCCCCAGGGCCGAGUGGCCAGACCCCAGGGGAGCCCUGUCCAGCACCCACCCCGAUGGGGUGCCCAAGGGCCCCUCCUCAGAACCCCCAGGCAACAGGGAAAGCCACCGUGUCACCGCUGUGCCCACUGACCCUUCCACACGGGGGGCCAUGGGGCCAGAUGCCCACACCUGCCAGGAAGGCGAGGCAGAGGCCCGCCGCCAGGAACAGGAGGGCCUAGAGAGGCCCGGGCCUGGGCGCCCUGCCGUUACAGAGGCAUCCGAAGCUGGCACCAGGGGUCUGAGGGCCACCUGCCCUGCCACAGAGCUCCACCCAGGCAGAACCACGGCUCCGAGCGGCACAGCCAGCGACGCCAGAGCCCACUCCCCCCAGAGCCUCGGAAACAUCCUCCACCAGAGACCCCAGGGGGGUCCCCUCAGUCCCCAGGACCCCAGACAGAAGCCUCGUGGCUUUAAAAAGAAGCCUGGGUUCACUGAGAACGGCCACUGGAAGGGCGGAGCCCCCAGCGGGCAGCCCGUGACCUGCGAGGUCUGCUCGGCCUCCUUCCGCUCUGGGCCGGGCCUGAGCCGCCACAGAGCCAGGAAGCAUGGGCUGCACAGGGGUACUGCCUCCCAGCCAAGCCCAGCGGCCCCACCUGCCCCCCAGACAUGCCACCCAGCCGGGAAGAAGAGCCGCAGGGCGCCGGGGAAGGAGAAAGCGAGGCGCCUGGUGGGAGACCCCAGCCAGGCCGGUAAGCGAACCCCUGUUGGCGGCUCUGCGGCUCCCGAGGGUGCCCUGGGUCCCGAGAUGUCCAAGGGGCUUAGGCGGGGGCUCAGCCUUCCGGGAGCACCAGGCUGUCCCCCUCGCUGGGAACCGCACCCCCCAGACACGGUCAAGCAAGGGGUGGACAUGAGGCCUGCAGAGCCCAGCAAACAGGACCAGCUGGAGAGGGAUGAGCCCCUCUCCAGACAGACAAAGAAAGGCGGGGGCCAGAGGCGGGGCAGGCCGCCCGCAGACUUCCCCAGCGAGUCAGAGGGGAAAGCCAGCAAGAGGGCGAGAAAGCCAAGAGCGAGAAGGUUCCGGGAGGAGAGCGGUCUCCAGGGCCCUGCAGAUGUGACCUCAGGGAGAAGAGGCUGGAAUCCGUCAACUACCAUCGCCAACUGCCCGGCUCUCCCGAGCCGCCACCUCUCCCCAGAGGCAGAGCGGGAGAGUGAGUCCACGCAGCCGCCUCUCGUCGCCACGGACCUGGAGCAGAGGCCUGCACGGAAGUCUCCUGGGGAUCGGGUGGCCUGUCCAGGGAUGGUGGAGGGGGCACCUCCUGGGCCAGAAGGGCCAGCGGGGCGGAAAGCAGCCUCGGCAAGAGGGUGCGGGGGACCCCGAGAGACCAGGAUGUCGGGCAUCUGCAAAGGGCCGUCGAGGGCAGCUGGGGGUAAACCUGCAGGGGACAGCAGAGUGGCCGAGAGCAGAUCAGGGCAAGGUGCCUGGGAGGGGCGCGAGCCCCCCCGGGACCCCCAGGGCCCUCCCGAGACUCGUGGUUCUGAAGCAGGCGGCACCAUCAGCAGUUGCCUCCAGGACCCCCUGCACGGUCCAGGAGCGGGGGUCCAGGAGCAGGAGGGCCCUGCUCCUGAAGCCCCCAGCCCGAAUCUCGGAGACCCUCUGAGCUUGUUUGAUGAUGAGGCCUCCUUUUCCCAGCUCUUCCCCCUGGGAGACCGCUUGGUUCGGAAGAAGAACCCCCGUGUCUAUGGGAAGCGCUGUAAAAAGUCGAGGCCACCUCCCCAGCCCGAGCCCAGCAGCCAGGCAGGGGGCGGUGUCACCCUGUCCCCCUCCCGCCUGCCCACAGACCUCAGUGACUCCGGCUCGCUCUGCCUGUCCCACGAGGACCCGUGGGGUGACGAGGCUGCGGGUCUGCCGGAGUCCUUCCUCCUGGAGGGCUUCCUCAGCAGCAAGGUGCCUGGCAUUGACCCCUGGGCCAUGGGCCCCAGCCUGUGGGCCCUGGAGCCCCACGCGGAGGCGGACCCCUGCUGCGCCGAGGACCACCCGUCAGAAAACAUCCCUGAGCUGCACAUGGUCCCGGCAGCUUGGCGAGGCCUGGAGCUGCAGGCCCCCGCCCACGAGGCCACCUCUUCUCCGGGGGACGCGAGCCCCGAGCCCCCCAACCUGGAGCGGGAGCCCUUCGAGGGUGGCGUCCCCGGGAGCGCCGUGGAUCUGCAGGUGCGGGAGCUGUGCUUUCUAGGGCCCUGCGAGGACCCCGCAGGUCUCCCCGGCGCCAGCUUCCUGGACUUCAAGGCCACGGCCAGUUCCCAGGGCCCACAGAGCAGGCCAGAGGAGGCGGCCGGGGCAAGAAGGGCCCCGGGCGGAGGCCGGCCCACCAAGGCCAGGAGGGCGUCCUACAAGUGCAGGGUGUGCUUUCAGCGCUUCCACGGCCUGGGAGAGCUGGACCUCCACAAGCUGGCCCACAGCCCCUCGCCGCCCCCCACCUGCUACAUGUGCGUGGAGCGCAGGUUCGGCUCCCGCGAGCUGCUUAGGGAGCACCUACGGGAGAAGCACGUGCAGAGCAGGGCGGGGCUGUGGGCCUGCGGCAUGUGCCGGCGGGAGGUCGCCGGCGUCUGGAUGUACAACGAGCACCUAAGGGAGCACGCUGUGCGCUUCGCCCGCAAGGGGCAGGCGCGGAGGUCCCCGGGGGCCCUGCCCGGGGGUGGGGAGGGGGACGGCGUGGUCGCGCGCUUCCUGAGCGGCGUCGUGGGACAGGUCUCCAAGGCCCGCCGGGGCAGGCGCUCCAUCGGCAAGGCGGGCGGGGGCCCCGCGGAGGCGUCAGGGGCGGAUGUGGGAGCCGGGAAGCAAUUCCCGAGGGAGAGGCCAAGAGCCAAGGCCCGCGCCAACGGCUCAGACCCGGACAGCGCCUCGGCUCAGGGCAGCCCGUCGGCCUGCGUGAACCCCGCCCCGCCCGGCGGCGAGUCCCCGCUCCCAGCCGUCCCGGUGCACCAGGACUGCAAGGACCCCGCCCGCGACUGCCACCACUGCGGGAAGCGGUUCCCCAAGCCGUUCAAGCUGCAGCGCCACCUGGCGGUGCACAGCCCGCAGCGCGUCUACCUGUGCCCCCAGUGCCCCCGGGUGUACCCCGAGCACCAGGAGCUGCGCGUGCACCUGGGCGGCGAGCACGGGCUGAGCGGGGAGCUGGAGCUGCAGCACACGCCGCUGUACGCCUGCGAGCUCUGCGCCAACGUCACGCACAUCAGCAAGAGGUCCUUCGUCUGCAGCUCCUGCAACUACACCUUCGCCAAGAAGGAGCAGUUCGACCGGCACAUGGGCAAACACCGGAGGAGGGGCCAGCAGCCCUUCACCUUCCGCGGCGUGCGGAGGCCCGGCGCCCCCGGGCACCAGGCCUCGGCCCGAGAGGGCUCGCUUCCCAGCAAACGGCGCAGGGUGGCCGCGUCCGGCAGCCCCCCCGGGUCCGGCGUGGACGGGCCUCUGUCCCGGGACGGCGGCCCCACCCUGAGCGAGCGGUCCCUCCCAGCCCUGCCCCAGCCCUGCCCGGAGGCAGCUCCCAGCACCACAGCAGGGCAGCCCGGGAGCCCAGAGAGGCCCACAGACCCCGUGGGCCACCCGGUCGGCGGCGGCCAUCUGCCCUCGGCCCUCCAGGAGCUCCUGCCCCCGUCUCUGUCUCCUUUCCCGGCGGCCUCGGCCGAUGGCAAAGAUGGCCACGAGCCGGACCAGGCCCUGGAGAGCUCCGAGGACGAGGCUUCCCCAGGCAGCCCUGGGCGCUUCCUCCAGCAGGCUCUCCCCUUGGGGGGCUCUCUGCCCCAGCCGGGGGCCGGAGGCCAAGACGCAGAGGAAAAGAGGGCAGCUGGCCCGCUCUCAGGGAAACACAGGACCCCAAGUGCCCCUGGCAAAUGUGCCCCUGACCAUCACCCAGAAGCCCCCUCUCUGCUCUGGAAGGAGAAGCCGGUGUCCACGUGUCACGUGGCGCCUGCCGGGGGCGCAGGAGGCCCCUCCCACAGAGGCAGUGCCAACAAGCCCGGGCGCUGCCAGAGCUCGUCCAAGGACAGGUCAGCCUCGCCCACCUCCAGCAAAGCACCCGAGUUCCCAGUACAGCUGAAGAAGGCGGCGCCCAGCCCAACGCCCAGAGAGCUCCCCCAUGGCACUGAGGACAGGCCAAAGCCCACCACCCUCAAAGUCAAGCCGGGCCCCGGCUCCCAGGGUGCUGGAGGCCCCCGGCAGGGCACCAAGGCAGCGGGCGGCAGCCAGCCCCAGCCGGCCAGCGGGCAGCUCCAAAGUGAGACAGCCACCACCCCAGCCAAGCCCAACGGCCCAGGCCAGGGCCCCGCCCCAGACAAGGCCCCCCCUCGAGCCCCAGCCAAGGGCUACCCCAAGGGACCAAGGGAAGCCGGUGACCAGGGGCCGCGAGGGAGCCUGGGCCCCAGGGAGGACGGGGACAGCAGUGAGAAGAAGAGAAAGGGCCGGGCGCCGGGGCCAACCAGGAGUGAAGCUGUGGGGAGCCUAGGGAGAGGCCCCGCGGUCCCCGACAAACCCCCCCGGGCCCCGCGAAAGCAGGCGACUCCCAGCCGCGUGCUCCCUGCCAAGCCCAAGCCCGGUAGCCAGAGCGGCACGACACCGCCCCAGCCCUCAGAGCCGCGGAAGGGGGAGCCCGGCCAUGCCCAAGGGAACAGCAGGCGCGGCAAGGAGGGGCUGGGCAAGGCCCUCCCCCAGGCCAGACCCCUGCACAGGCCCCCCAGGAGGGGCGGGGCUGUCCCCGGUGCUGGACCCCCCAACUCCCGGGCCUGCCGGACAGCCGAGUCCCAGAGCCACCUCCUCAGCCAGCUUUUUGGGCAGAGACUAACCAGCUUCAAGAUCCCUUUAAAAAAGGAGGCUUCCGAGUAAUUUAUAGGAGCCAGCGCGUGCCUGGGAGUGGGGCUGGGGACGAA